AUGGCUGUUCUUUUCAAUCUCUUUAUUCUUUCUUGCUUCACUUUGCUAUGCUUCACUAUUAAUACUACAUCCUUAGCCACCACUAGUCCCACUAUCACAAUACUAAAGCGAUUAGUCACCCAACUUAUUCACCAUAAGUCGGUUUACUCUCCAUACUACAACCCUAAGGACACCAUAGCAGACCGAGCUAGGCAUGCCAUAGACAGUUCAAAUGCUCGUUUUGACUACAUAUGGAAGGAGAUUCAAGGGGUUUCUCUAGAAACAGAUGAUGUGCGCUCUAGUGCUAUUCCUGAGACUAAUCAUCACGGAUUUAUGGCAAAUAUAUCCAUUGGUUCACCUCCUGUUCCACAACUACUAACUAUGGACACAGGCAGUAGUCUAUCGUGGACUCAGUGUCAGCCUUGCAUGCACUGUUUUACCCAAGCUCUUCCAAUUUUUAAUCCACCCCAGUCAGCCAGGUAUAGAUUAUUACCAUGUUCGUCUCCCAUUUGCCAUCAAGCUCCUAGUAUGAUUUGUCUAGCUUCACGUUGCGAAUUCGAACUACAAUACGGUGACGGCACCGUUGUAUCUGGGUAUUUGGGCACUGAAAAGAUCACCUUUGAGACUUCUGAUGAAGGAAUAACGUCGGUACCUAAUUUAGUUGUUGGUUGUGCAUAUGACGUGGGUGGUAAUUGGCGUACUAAUGGUGGCCAAAGUAGCGGAGUACUUGGUCUUGGUGCUCAGAUGACAUCAUUGGUGAAACAACUGGGUUCUAAAUUCUCCUACUGCUUUGGUUCUAUAUGGAAUCUUCAAUAUAGUCAUAAUCAUUUGAUUAUUGGAGAUGGAGCAAGAAUAGAAGGCCCUUCUACCCCAAUUACAAUUUUUGGUGGCUACUACUAUGUAACCUUAGAAAGCAUUAGCGUGGGUGAGAAAAAGCUAGAUAUUUCGCCUAAAUUGUUUGAAGUGACUAAACAGGGCACAGAUGGAGUCAUUAUUGAUUCAGGUUCAACACUUACUUAUCUACCAAAAGCUGCGUUCAAUCCACUUAAAGAUGAAGUACUGAGCUUGAUGGAUGGCUUGGUACAAUUUGUCGGAACGCUCCAAUCAAGUCCUUGCUUCAGUGGGUUUAUUGAUCGUGACCUUGUUGGGUUUCCAGUAGUUGCCUUUACCUUUGCAAAUGGGGUUGACUUGGCUUUAGAUGAAAAGAGCUUUUUUUACCCAAGCAGAGUCAAAAAGCUUUUGCAUGGCUAUGGUUCCGAGUACUGCCGCCGACUUGACAUUAAUUGGAGUAUUGGCUCAACAAAGUUAUAA